AUGGGCUCAGAACAGAAUAAGCCACUCUCAGAGGAUGAGAGACGUCUAUUUCGCACGUACGGAAGGUUGCCUCAUGGUGGGGGUAUGCUUAGGCAGCAGUGUAAGGAACGGAAAUACUUUGACUCGGGUGAUUUCGCUCUUUCUUCAGCCCAUACCACAACCAGUAAUGGGGCUAUAAGAACUGGCACAGCCCAUCCUGUGCGAGAGACCAUUUCGCAUCCCAAUGCCCCGGUUCCUAGCACCAGCAACGUUAAUAAAGACGCCAACAAGGACCUCUAUGACAAAGAGAGUCCAAAGGAAGAGGUUGCUGAGAGCUCUCUUCGUGCGCAAACUGAUUUUGAUGAAAAUUCCCAGACACCACGAGAAUCAUAG